UUUGUUUGAUUGAUUGAUUUUAGAAAAUAUGAAGCUCUCGGACACAAUGGCCACGCCCAUUGAGGAGAAACUCGAUCAGAAUUUAAAGCAACAAGUGCGCUCGGGCAUGGUGCAUGUGAGCGAUGGCAAGAGUCGGCCCGAGCCGCUACGACUGAGUCUCACCAUGGAAGUGCUGACCUUGCAGAAAUUGGAAAUUGUUACGCCCACCAGCUCGCAGCUGAGUGGACCGCCCAUGGAAUCGAAAGAGCGCAUGGUGCAGAUUACAAGGCAAAAGCAAGGCGGACUAGGACUGAGCAUCAAGGGCGGUGCCGAGCAUAAAUUGCCCAUAUUAAUAUCGCGCAUUUAUAAAGAUCAGGCAGCAGACAUAACAGGUCAACUGUUUGUGGGCGAUGCAAUCAUAAAAGUCAACGGUGAAUAUAUAACCGCCUGCCCCCACGACGAUGCCGUCAACAUAUUGCGCAAUGCCGGCGACAUUGUAGUGCUCACAGUCAAGCACUAUCGCGCCGCCACGCCCUUUCUCCAAAAGCAAUUAACAAAGGAUACGCCUGAUUCGGACAACGAUGUCACAUGCGCUGAACUGAAAGCAGAUGAAGGUUACAAGUCCUCCGUGAACAGCGGCACCAUAAGUCGCAGCUGCAGUCGCCCAAUGUCAAUUUGCUCCGAGCCCGAGAAGCGCUGGACGGAUGUUGUGGCAGUGCCGUUAAUGAUGGCCUAUGUCACACGCUAUAUUUACGGCACGGACAAGCUGCGUCCGAAUGCCUUCGAGGUGCGCGGCCUGAACGGCGUCAACACCGGUGUCAUACACUGUGACGAGCUGGCCAUACUCAGCCAGUGGCUAAAACUAAUAACCGACAAUGUGGUUGGCCUUACGCAUCUGCAGAUGAAGCUCUAUAAUCGUAACUUUGCUGUGGGCGAACGCAUCGAAUAUAUGGGCUGGGUCAACGAGGGCGUCAUCAAUAACAAUAUAUCAUGGCAGAGCUACAAGCCCAGAUUUUUACUGCUCAAAGGCACUGAGGUUAUGCUAUUUGAAACGCCACCACUGAAUGUGGCUGGCAUUAGCAAAGCUUUGGUGGUGUAUAAGGUGUAUCAGACCAUGUUUCGCAUUAUAAAGGAAUCGGAGACUGUGGACAGUCGGCAGCACUGCUUUCUGCUGCAAAGCUCUGGACACGCGCCGCGUUACUUGAGCGUGGAGACGCGCCAGGAGCUGCUGCGCAUUGAGAACAGUUGGAAUGCGGCCAUUGUGACGAGCGUCAUUAAAUUGGGCCGCAAGACCUUUGCCGUUUCACAUCAUGGCAAAAGUGGCGGCUUGACACUUGACUGGCAGGCAGGCUUUUCACUUACAGAGGGCUCCGAUGCCAGCAUUGUCUGGCAGUACAAGUUCUCACAGCUGCGCGGCUCCAGUGACGAUGGCAAAUCAAAGUUGAAGCUACAUUUUCAGGAUGCUGAGACACGUGCCAUUGAAACGAAGGAAUUGGAAUGCCAAGUGCUGCAGAGUUUACUUUACUGCAUGCAUGCUUUUCUCACCGCCAAGGUGGCAUCGGUGGAUCCGGCAUUCUUGAGCUCAAUACAGCAGACCUAAGCGAAGCUAAAGUGCGCAUAAUCAAAUCAAAAUUUGUAUAGUUAGUUAAAUACUUGUAGCUUAGGCAUAUUUAUAAAGGAACAUUUAAUAUGAA